ACUAGGAGGCGCUCCAGCUUCACAGCUCACUACUAAUAACAAAUUAGAUCCAUUAAACUUCUCACUCGUCGCUCUAAUAUCUUCUUCUUCUCUGUAAUGUGAAAGUGUGACCUCCUCCUCCCUCUCUCGCUUCCUCUCUCUCUCUUAUAAAAUCCUGGAGUGUUUUCUCUACAGUUUUAUCUCCUGUUAGAGGAAAAAAAAAAAAAAAAGGUGACAUUUUUCAGGUCAGUGAAGGGAAAACCAUUUAUUUCCACCUCGACGACGGGUGUGUGUGUGUGUGUCGAUGUGUGUGUGUGGAGAAAUCUAGGAAGUACCGUUUGUCUGACAUGUCGACCAGGACGACGAGGAGACGUUAAUCCUCAAUUUCUGAAAGAAACUGAUUUUUUGAAGAGCAAUAACGUCGUCGGAAAGUACUUUUUCAUCAUUUUAAAACUGAGUAUAAGCAGUUACUUGGCUCACCUUUUUUUUGGGGAAGCACAGGUGAAGAAACUUUUUUUUCCUCCUCAAGUUUUGUGAAGGAGUAACUUUACGUUACGUUGACGCUGCUUCACCGGAGUGUCAACAGGCUUUCAAAGAUGAAAUGAGUGGUGUUCCUCGAAAGUGGAUGCCAGUUAUGCUGAAGCCUGCCUGUGUGUCAGGAUGAGCAUUACAGAUGAAGAGGCCCGUGUUGUGCAGAUCUACCCCAGACUGUCCCAGGACACGGUUACCUACUGUCCCCUGCAGGUCAACGCUGGGGACACGGCGAGGGCUGUCAUCCACAAUGCUGUGGUCACUCUGGGGCUGGACUCCAGCCAGACGUACUGCCUGCUUGAGGUCAGGAAGAGCGGCGGAGAGGAGAGGAUGUUGGAGGCUGAGGACUGCCCUUUGGAGCGAGUCCUGCAGUGGCCCCGGGGUGCCCAGAAGUGGCACCCCGAGAGCCACGGGUACUACUUUAUCCUGCAGCAGCAGCAGCCCAACCAAACCAGCAGAGAGGAGUAUGAUGAUCUCUGCAACCUGCCCACUGUAACUGAGGACAGCAUUCUGGAGGUUUUACGCGAUCGCUUCCACAAGCACAAAAUCUACACUUACAUCAGCAACAUCCUCAUCGCCAUCAAUCCCAAUAAGUUCCUUCCUGUUUACUACAACCCCAAGUACAUCAAGAUGUACGAGAACCAGCCACUGGGGAAACUAAGCCCUCACAUAUUUGCCAUAGCAGACGUGGCCUUCAGAGCCAUGCUGAACAGGCAUGUCAACCAGUGUAUUGUGAUAUCUGGUGAGAGUGGCUCAGGGAAGACUGAGAGCAGCAGUUAUCUCAUCCACUGCCUGACUGCACUCAGCCAGAAGACGUACGCCAGCGGGCUGGAACGGACCAUCCUCGGGGCCAGCCCAGUGCUAGAGGCCUUUGGCAACGCAAAGACUGCAGAGAAUAACAAUUCCAGUCGCUUUGGGAAGUUCAUCCAGCUCAACUACCUGGAGAGUGGUGUCAUCAGAGGGGCAGUUAUCGAGAAGUACCUACUUGAAAAAUGCCGGCUGGUCUCCAGAGAUAAGAAAGAGAGGAACUACCACGUGUUCUACUAUCUGCUGGUGGGAGCGUCAAAAGAAGAGCAGGAGGAGUUUCAUCUUUUACAGCCACAAGACUAUCUCUACCUCAAGCAGGAAGACCUUCUCUUAGAGGAUGAGGAGAAACUUGGGCAGGAGUACAAAAGGCUCCAUCAAGCCAUGGAGAUGGUUGGCUUCCUGGCCUCCACCAAGAAACACAUAUUUUCAGUCCUCUCUGCCAUCUUGCACCUGGGAAAUGUGACGUACACUCAGUCAGAGGACACUGAAGUCCUGGAGGUUGGACCUGCUGAAGUCUUGUCCACAUUGUCUGACCUGCUCAAGGUAAAAAAGGAGCAGCUGGUGAAGGCUUUGACCAAGAAGAGAGUAGUGACUGCCAAAGACACAGUAGUUUCACAGUACACACUACAAGAGGCCACCACAGUGCGAGACUCCAUGGCAAAGACUUUGUACAGUGCUCUGUUUGACUGGAUCAUCCUUCACAUCAACCAUGCUCUACUCAAUAGACGAGACAUGGAGGAGUCAGUUUCUUGUUUGUCCAUCGGUAUCUUGGAUAUGUUUGGAUUUGAGAACCUCCAGACAAACAGUUUUGAGCAGCUGUGCAUCAACUACACCAACGAGAAACUGCAGUAUUACAUCAACCAGCACAUCUUCAAGCUUGAGCAAGAAGACUAUGUGGCCGAGGGCAUCACCUGGCAAAACAUCAGCUACACUGACAACGCUGGCUGCAUUCAGCUGAUCAGCGAGAAAACAACCGGACUCUUUGACCUGCUGGAUGAGGAGAGCAACCUUCCUCAGGCGACAGAUGAAACCCUGUUGGACAAGUUGAGGCAGCAGCAUCAGGACAACCCAUUCUUUGUACCCACGACAGACAAAGAGCCAACGUUUGUUAUUCAGCACUUUGCUGGGAGGGUUAAAUAUCUCAUCAAGGAUUUCCAAGAGAAAAACACAGAGCACAUGCGUCCUGAAGUCAUAUCACUUCUCCGGAGCAGCGAGCGGGCAUUCCUACAUCACCUGGUCGCGUCCAGUCCUGAAGCACUGUUUCGAUGGGGCGUCCUCCGAGCCACCAUCCGCAUCGUCACAGUAUUCAAGAGCAUGGGACGCAGGCGUGCAGAAUUGUUCGCUGCCAGACGUGCCUCCCGCAAGUCCCUCAAAGACAUGAAACAGCACAGCAGUCCUUUGAAGAGACUUUCUAGCCACAGCAUGACACUGGAUUUCUCCUUCGAUCGCUCUGACGAGCAUCCUCUGGAUGUAUUUGAAGACAUCUUUACCAACUUUGAAAAGAGAAAGAAAAACAAAGGCGGUCGACAGAAGCAACUCAUUCCAAAGAAUCUCAUAGAUUUGCGCUCACUCAAACAUGUUGUGGGUCUCGCCGCACACGACCGAACCAGCAAAUCCAUCCCUCACCCUCUCCAGAGGACGAAGCCUCCAACAAUUAGCGUUCAGUUUCAGGCGUCACUUCGGAAGCUGAUGGACACAAUUGAAACGGCAGAGCCUUCCUUUAUUAUCUGUCUGCGCUCCAAUCCUGAAAAGAAGGAGCUACACUUUGAUGAUGAACUUCUGCUUCAGCAAAUCAAGUACACAGGUUUACUGCAGGUGGUUACAAUGAUGAAGUCUGGUUACGGUGCCAAGUACACAUUUAAGGAAUUUGUAGAGAACUUCAGAAUGUUGCUUCCAAAAGGAGCGACUGCGACUCCGGCACACAUAACUGAACUGUUUAAGAGGAUGGACCUGGAUAAGACCACCUACCAAAUAGGAAAAACUAAGGUGUUCCUCAAGGAAAAGGAGAGGAAACUGCUCCAAGACACUCAUAACAAGGAAGUGAUGCGUCACAUCAUCACCCUGCAGCGCUGGUUCCGUGCCUGUCAUUUAAGGUUACACUUCCUGCAAAAAAAAGAUGCCACCAUGAUCAUACAGAGGAACUGGCGUGAGUUUUAUGAGAAACAAAACCGAGCAGCAACAGUGAUCCAGACGGCAUGGCGGAGCUCACUGAAGAAGUCAAAACACCAAAAUGAAAUGGAGGAUGAAGAGGAGACGCCCGACACCCGACCUGGACGAGACAGCUUGACCAAAAGAGAGUUGAAGAGGCAGGACAAAGUGGAGCACAGCCCCAACAGGACCCAGCAGCUAGACCCAGUCAACGGCCAGUCUGCACAGAGGUCCAGGAGCAGGGAGAAACGAGAGGGCAGGGGAUCCCCUCCCCCUCUGAAUAGACCCCUCUCCCUUCCUCUGGACUCUAAAUUUGUUAGCGAUGAUAGCCCCACCAGCCCCGUAAAGAGCAGCUCCCUGCAGCGCUACAAAGAUGGGGACAUCAAGGAGAAGGCCGAGAGGUGGAGGGAAAGAAUAAGCGAGGGCGAACCAACAGACGAAUCAAGUCCAGAAGUACGGCGACGAAGAGACAUGCGGAAAGAUGAAUAUCAGCGCAAAGGGAAGUCCAUGUCUGCUGAUGAACUGUCCAAAAUCAGCUCAUCAGGUUCUGAUAGCUCACCUUCUAUGAAUGAGUUACCAGCAGAACAUGAUGGGUCGAGGUUUAGCCUUCCACCCAGACGCACCAACGAGGAGUCAGGACAACAGGGAUCAAACCGAUCACCACUCACAACCCCUGAGAGGAUUUGGUUUCUCAGUAGAUUCCUGAAGAAGCGAGGACCUAAAUAUUCCCCGAACAAUGACCCAUCUCCGUCAGAUAAAUCUGUCGUCUUGCCCAGCUACACCCCACAUCCCUACCACAUGCCAGAGCAGACCAGUGGGAGGGACAAUCGCAACCCCACCAUUCGAAUCAGCCGGGCCACACGGGCCCUGGAGUCGAACGCAUCUCUGGACCGUGAGAUCACGGACCCCAAAGAGCUGCGAAACCUGGACGAAUUCCUCGGCAAUCAGGUGAAUGAUCUGCAAUCAAGAAUAAAAGAGCUUUCACCAACAGAGAACAUCUUCCUCUCAGCCACCAUGCAGUUCAGAGAGACCAUUAAAAGCAUGUACUCUCUCCAGAAGCCCCAAAUCGGCUACAAAGAUCUGAUGAAGGGCUACCGUAACAAAGUGAACACACUAGCAAGCCCCACACAGAAGACUGAAGUGUCGCUGGUGGUCAACCUGUUCCAGUCUGUGCUGGAUGGAUUCAUUAGGGGCGAGAUAAAACGAGCGGAGUAUGAACCAGUCAAGGCUCCCAAGUCGACAAAGAAGAGAAGGAAAAAGGACAAAUGUCCUGAUGGUCCUCUGGAUCACCUGUUCAGCACAUACCAGGUGAACAUUAUGCAGUCAUGUGACUUGUGUGGCUCCUACAUCUGGGGAAUGGAGAAAGCCUACAUGUGCAGUGCUUGCAAGCUAAUAUGUCACAAGAAAUGCCUCACCAAGAUCAUCACAGAUUGCUCAACACGGUGCGCCAGACUGGAUGACAGCGUACCAGGCUCCCUUCACUUUGGGGUGCAGGUGUGUGUCCUCACCAGUAAAGCCAAUCCCGUGCCCAAGGUGGUGGAGUUGUUGCUGAUGCACGUGGAGCUAAACGGCCUUUACACAGAAGGCAUUUACCGCAAGUCGGGCUCCACCUGUCGAGCGAGGGAACUCCACCAAAUUCUGGAGACUAAUCCUGAGGGAGCAUGUUUGGAGAACUACCCGAUCCACACCAUCACAGGUCUGGUUAAACGUUGGCUCAGAGAACUGCCUGACCCCCUCAUGACCUUCUCCCUUUACAGUGACUUUCUGCAUGCCGUGGAGCUUCCAGAGAAAUCUGAGAGAAUAAGGGCUGUAUACCAAAAGGUUGAUGAACUUCCUCCUGCCAAUUACAACACACUGGAACGCCUCAUCUUUCACCUCGUCAAGGUCGCAAAGGAAGAAAACCACAACAAGAUGUCCCCAAGCUCUCUUGCGAUCGUGUUUGCCCCCUGCAUCCUGCGCUCUCCUGAUGCUAAUGACCCCUUCCUCGGUAUGAAGGACGUGUCCAAGACUACAAUGUGUGUGGAGAUCCUGAUCUCUGAGCAGAUGAGGCGCUACACAGAGAAGAUGCAGAAUAUCCAGGAGCUGGAAUACGCAGAAGCAUUGGCUGUCAAUCAGCUCAAACUGAGGAGACAAAACACGGUUGUUGAGAAACCUUCAGAGCUGGAGGUUCCCAAGCAAAUAGAUUCUGAUGAAACAGAGAUGACCCUCAUUGAGAGGAUCAAAUCCAUCAAGCAAGAAAAGGUGGACUUGGCCUGCAGGUUACCUGACCUGGAGCAGGAAAACUCUGACAAUGAAAACCUGGACUCGUCAUCAUCUAUGAGCACAGAGAGCCUAGAAGACCGUUUGAGCCUGGACUCGGAAGGAAAGGUGACCAUGCGAUUGAAAAACCAGAACCAGAAGCCCGCCUGCCCGCAAAAACCUCCUGACUUGGCACAGAGAGUCAGAAGUCUUAUGUCUCAGGCAGGUGGCGAGUUCACAUCAACCGAAUUCCUGCCAGGAGAUACAGAUGUGACCCAAUCCAUGUGCUUCAUGCCCAGCGAAGACAACGACCUAAACUCCUCUACAACCGACAAGCCACAGCUCACCAGCAAGACUACCAACGGGAGCUUUGACGACUUGGACAUUCCUUACAUAGAUGAGGAUGAAGAUCUAACCUGAGCGUAAAACCACAAGUUGUAAUAAUUGGAAUAUCCUCAAUUAUGUGUUAAUAGAAGACUUGUGUUAUGGCAAAAAAAAAAACUGUGCAAUUUGUUUUAUAGACUUUUCCAUUUCAGUGCUGCUAUGGAAAUACAGUAAGUGCGUUGGGAAUGUAUAUGUAUUUAAUGGGAGAUCAUGCAGACUGUUCCUUCACGGUCUUUAUACCAGAUCUGGAGAACCAACAGUUGUGACUACUCGGCAUCUUUAUAUCAAUACACUGUAUGUUAUUUUUAAACACUGUACAUUAAAUGUUUUAUAAAGCUAGUUAUUUUUUGAUCAGUCCUGUGAAGCUGUGUGACAAGUCGUGUCUCAUCUAUGGAGAAAAACAAGACAACAUGAUGAGGAGCAAUUGAGAAUACAAGUGUCUCCUUUACUAAUAGGCAUUAUUCUGAGCUCAACCGCUAUGGUACUAAUGGGAGUUUAUGUGGUUUAUUGAGGGGGGAAAAAAAUGUCUUGUAACUGUAUCAGAAAAUUCUAGCAUUGUAAAUACAGCAAUUCUCCAUUGUACAGAGAGAUAUUGCAUCUUGAGCUCAUAUGGAGUAUAUUGUUGUAAAUCUGUUAUUCUGUUAUUUCAUUUUACUGCUGUGACUGACCACUGAUUCAGUGUACCUGUUUAGGAAAUGGUCAUAUUGCUGCCUUUUUAGAUUGACUGAAAAUAUUUCCCUCUGUCACUUUUCUUGGUGUUGCAAAGCUGUGCAGUUUCACCAAGUUCAUUUUUGUCUAUACACGUAGGGUGUUGUUUUUGAAUAUGCAUGCCUGUAUAUUUUAUAAGGGAAAGGGAUGAUGCAUAUUGGGUUGGAUGUCCUAAUAAACUGACCAUUUUCAA